AACAAAAAUAAAUAAAAGCUCAAAAAUCAAAAUUAUCCACCGAUUUUUUUUUUUCAAUUAUAGGCUUGAUAAUAAGCAUUGAUAUUAAUCUUUUAUUCAUACUUUAUUUAGAAAAAAUAGAACUUUUGAUCAAACUAAGGAUUGGUUGAAGUGAAAAAUCUAGCUGGAACUUGGAAGUAAUCUUGUAAAACAGACAACAUUGUAUUUCCGACAAAGAUCGGAAACAAGGAACGAUGUCGGCACCGGACAUUGCUUCAAUCUUGGAAAACUCAAGGGAACUUGAUCGGUUAAGGAAAGAACAAGAAGAGGUGCUUAUCGAAAUCAACAAGCUUCACAAGAAGCUUCAAGCUACUCCUGAGGUAGUUGAAAAACCUGGUGAUUCUUCAUUAUCUAGGCUAAAAGGUUUAUAUAUUCAAGCUAGAGAUCUUUCAGAGAGGGAAAUAACGAUUUCCAACUUGUUACUAAAUCAACUUGACUCUUUCUUGCCUUCGGGACCGCCAGGACAACAACGAAGAAAGAUGGAUGGUAAUGAUCAGAAAAAGAAAAGAAUGAAGUCUGAUUCAGAUAUCUCUCGCCUUUCUCCUUCUAUGAGGAGUCACAGUGAGAAUUUUGUUAGUCUCAAAGAUGAACAGGUAGCUGCAAGAGUCAAAUCUGAUGCUGAGAAGGAUGAGUGGUUUGUUGUAAAGGUGAUAAAUUUUGACGAGAAAACAAAAGAGUUUGAAGUACUUGAUGAGGAGCCAGGUGAUGAUGAAGAGGGCAGUGGCCAACGGUACAAGCUGCCUGCUUCUUGCAUUAUACCUUUCCCCAAGCGAAAUGAUUUUUCUAGUGCUCAAGAAUUCCCAGCUGGAAAACAUGUUUUGGCAGUUUAUCCAGGAACAACUGCGCUCUAUAAGGCAACUGUCAUCAAUACUCCUCGAAAGAGGAAAUCAGAUGAGUAUUUACUGGAAUUCGAUGAUGAUGAGGAAGACGGAGCUUUGCCUCAGAGGACAGUACCCUUUCACAAGGUGGUUGCCUUGCCAUUAGGACAUCGACAAUAGUAUAAAUGUGUAUAAUUUAGAGCUAUAGCUGGUGUUUAAACAUGUGAAUCUGAACCCUAAUUUUCACGCCCUGUGUAUUGGCUUAGUAAUGAAAGAUUGACACUGAUAUCCCUAUUGUUACUU